AAUGCUCAUCCAUUUUGUGCUAUCGAUUCAGUUCCUUUGCCAUGUUUGUGUUCUACAGACUGGUAGCAUACUGCAUAAGUUCUCUAAGAUGGAGUGUUGCAAAAGAUGAAGAUAAUGAAGGAAGUCCAUGUCUUUAUCAAACAGCGGCAGUGUUUGAUCACAAUGAACACACUGUUGUUGUUGGCAUAUGUAAUGACGAUAUUCAGUUGCAAGUGCUGAGAAUCAAAUCAUUGACCAUAGACAAAGAAGUAUCAUAUGAAAUUGGAAACUCCAUUGAUAAAGCAAUAAAAAAAUUGACAGAAACAUUUAUUGACACAAAAAUAUUCCACAGAGGAUACAAAUGUCAAAACAUUAUUUGUAAUGAGAAAGAUCUAUCUUUUACCGUUUCAAGUGAGCUGUCCAAAAUCAAGGCUAAAGAAAUUCAGUGCAAGUGUCAACUUCGGGAGAAACAUGUGAUAAAUGUACAAAAGACACAGGGAUUCUGGGAAAAGAGAGAGGCGAGUGAUUCCAGUACUCCUGUGGCCUCUGGACAAAACCUAGAAGGCCGGUCUAGAUUUGCAAAACUUGGUAUGGCUACAAAUGAUGUGUUGAAUAAGGCAUACAGAGAUAUUCUAGAAUCAGAAAUUCCUGCAUCUGAUAUUGAGAACAAGGUGGAUUUAUUAUCAAACAAAAAGUUGAAGAGUCUGAAUCUAAAUGCAAAUCAAGAAGAUCAAUUGAAAAAAGCAAAAAAAUCAGGAUAUGAGGAAUUUGAUAUUUCAUUAACAUACAAAUUGAUAAGAAACAUUUGUUCAAAGAUUCCUAAACCAACAAAAGGAAAGUGGGGAGAAGAGCCUGCAGCAGCAGAGGUGAGAGUGGGUGAUGAUAUCGAACGAAUUAGGUCAAUACGAAAUAGACUAACUGCACACGUAAGUUCAGCCUCCAUCCCUCAGACAGAAUUCGACGAUACCUGGUCAGUAAUGUCUGAUGUCUGCCAAAGACUCGAAAUCUUCACUGGUAAAAAGUACGUGGAUAGCCUUAAAGGUAUUCAGAAACUGGCUCUGAAAGAGGAAGGGGAAGAUGCAAUAAAAACUAUCAUAGAAAAGUUUGUCAAGGAUCAACACGAACUGAUGAAGACAGUUGUGUCAGAUGUUCAAGAAUUAAAGUCUCAAAUGUUGACAUUAAAACGAAAUUGAAGACUGGAAGCGGCCGUUCAGAAAUUAUAAUCUUCAUAAAUAGAACGUUUGUAGGACUAGUAAACAAUGAAUUCUGGAACACUUGGUUGAAGAUGUCGGAAAUC